AUGAAGCUCACAAUUUCUAUCCUCGCUGCUCUCGCCAGCAUCAACUCCGUCCUCGCCCAGGACGCGACCUGCCAGAAGGACGCAGCAUUGGUCAAAACCUUCAUUGGACAGCCGUACAGCAGCGAAAUCUCCACCCAGUUUGAAUCGGAAAAGGUUCGGGUCUACCAUGAGGGUGACCCUAUCACCAAGGACUUUGUUCAGACUAGAUUGAACAUUGUUCUUGAGAAGGACAGCCAACUCAUUCAGGACUCUGGAUGCUAUUAGAGCAGCACAUCGAUUAUACCGGGAGGGUAAGAUAGUAUAUAGGUAUUGAUAUGAUGAAUGAAGUCGGGAUUGCAUGAGAUUGAUAUUUGUAAGAUGCGUUUUAAAUAAUUGGCCAUACAUUUAGAUAAAUACAUGCAGCACCUUCGAACCUCACUCUGCAAUAAAAUGCAUGUGCUAUGUCUGUCUAGAGAAACCUUAACGUAAACUUAAUCAUAAAUUUAUUGCGGC